GCCAAACCCUAAUCAGCACAUCCGCCUUUCUCUCUCUAUCAUCACUUCCUCUUCCGCUCUCUCUUCUCUCUCUCUCUCUCUCGCCAAGAGGCUUCAGAGUCGCUUGCCUCAUCCUCGAACGCAAUCGGAGAAAUGGCGAGUGGUCAGCUCACGGCACCCACAUUCUCGGCUAGAUUGGUUCCCUCUUUCGAAGGGCUUAAGCCGUCCACGGUGAAGUUUGCUUCCGUGGGUCCUUUCAAAGCAGGGUCUUUGACGCAAAGGUCCUUCAGAGGGCUCGUUGUGAGAGCUGCCACUGUUGUCGCUCCUAAGUACACUUCUCUGAAGCCCCUGGGUGAUAGAGUGCUGGUCAAGAUCAAGACUGCUGAGGAGAAGACACAGGGUGGUAUACUGCUUCCGACAACAGCUCAAACAAAGCCUCAAGCAGGAGAAGUGGUCGCGGUUGGAGAGGGUAGGACAAUUGGAAAGUCACAAAUUGAUGUCAGUGUGAAGACUGGCAGCCAGGUUGUGUAUUCCAAGUAUGCAGGGACCGAGUUGGAAUUCAAUAGUUCAAAUAAUCUUAUUUUGAAGGAGGACGACAUUCUCGGUAUCUUGGAGACUGAUGAUAUAAAGGACCUGAAGCCCCUAAAUGAGAGAGUCUUAAUUAAGGUUGCUGAGGCUGAGGUAAAGACUGCUGGAGGCCUUCUAUUGACUGAAGCUAGCAAGGAAAAACCUUCUAUUGGAACAGUGAUUGCAGUCGGACCCGGUCCUCUUGACGAAGAAGGGAACAGGAAGCCUCUGUCAGUCUCCGCAGGAAACACGGUGAUGUACUCCAAGUACGCAGGCAACGACUUCAAGGGUGCUGAUGGGUUGGACUACAUCGUCUUGAGGGCAAAUGAUGUAAUGGCUGUGCUCUCCUAGUUUUUCUCUGCAGGUCUAGUUUCUGAUUGUCCAUGAAUGUUACGAGAACUUUUGCUACGAAACGGAUUGGAUCUAAUUUUUUAUUUUCCACCAAAGUGAAAUAGAAUAUGUGGAAAUGCAAUUGCAGAUUCCAAUUCCUGUGGGAAUCAACUUGUUUCUGUUUUUUGGCGAAGUGAAUUGAGUUACUUACA